AUGUCCCACUCUUCACCUUCCCGCGUUAACGAGACCUACGAUGCAGUUGUGAACAAAGCUGAUGCUGUCAGUGAGCCUAGUAGUCCGACUGGAUCAGUCGCUACCACGGCUGCUAGCUCCGUUGUUGUUGGAGGUGGAGGAUAUAACGCAAUGGAAAAAGGCAUUAGUUUGGGGUCAUUCUUCAUGACCGCAUUGAAUGCGAUGAUAACCAUUGGUCUCUCCGUGCCCUUCAUGUUCACCACCGCUGGUUGGUUGUCCAUAGUAUUCCAAAUAGCCGCCGCUUCAGCAAUUUUCCUAUGUGUGUUACUCGUCAGAGCUUGCAUUGACAACCCCAAGAUCAAAAAGUAUGGCGAAGAGCAUCAUGUUCCUGUCUUCGAGAGGGAGUAUGCUUUCCUGGCUGGUUAUUGUGGAGGCAACACCGGCCGAACGGCCGUCACAGUGGUUGUUUCUCUCGAGUUCUUCUUCACAUUGGCCGCCAACAUAAUCGCCAUUGGUACAUGUGCCAACAUGUUGGUUAAGGAGAUGAGCAUCGAGGUGUGGAUCAUCAUCUUUGCCGCCCUAUCACUGUCUUUUGUACUCCUCCCUUGGUUCAACGAGAUAUCCCGUGUAAUGGGUAUCGCAGGAGCCUUCGGAGCCGUCCUUGGCGCCGCGCUUUGGCCCGAGAUCUUCGUGCGAAAGAUUGAAUCAAUCAAGAACUAG